UUGAGAACGUUCCAUACUUGCAACUUUGGCGCUACUUGUGCUACGUAUUUUUAUCGCAGCGUUCUGCUCUGGAUGAUUGGAAUAGCAUCGUGAUUGGUCGCCGAAAUGGUGGAAACGGGGGUACCAGGAUCGCCUACCACAUGGGUGUACGUGUUAUGGGAUAAACAACUUCACAAGCUUCAUUCCUACUUCCACGGUACCGAACGGUAUCUGUACAAACCGACGAUUUCCUUCUCACCACGUCUCUCCUUUUAAUACAAGUCUGGUCUUGAAUCUUGAAUAAUUGAAGCGUUGGUCGUCGGACGUGCGACCGAUCGUACCGCAGUCGCACUUUGGAGCUGUCACUGUUACCGCUUGUGAAGCAAGCUUGAGCAGCUUCUACCACGUCUUAUUCAGGUCCCUCUCCCCAGGACACCUCUACGCACCGAGUACUGACUCUACGCAGGGCGUAUUCAUCUCAAGAUGAUGACCCCUAUGCGUUAUGUGAUUUUGGUACUGGGCAUCAUUAUCAGUCUGCACUUCAUCCUUAGCUUCUCACAUGAAGACUACGGACGGGCGACGUCCAUUUCGAAUCUCAAGAACACAAUCACAGGUGCUGCUUCACACCAACCUCCAUACAAGGCAGGCGUACCGGAGGAUUAUUACUAUCACUCAAAUGGAACCGCACCAGGGCCGAGGGCGAAUGCGGCCUUUGUGAUUCUAGCUCGCAAUAGUGACUUGAACGGGAUUGUGUUCAGUAUGAAGCAGAUGGAGGAUCGUUUCAACAAGAAGUUCCAAUAUCCAUAUGUCUUCUUGAACGAUGAUGAUUUCAGUGACGAGUUCAAGAGACGGAUAACUGCUUUGACCGACGCGAAGGUCGAGUUCGGCAAGAUUCCCAGAGACCAUUGGUACCAACCUGACUGGAUAGAUGAAGAAAAGGCAUCCAAAGCACGGGAUGAAAUGGUUAAGGCGCAAGUCAUCUAUGGAGGUAGCGUACCGUACCGAAACAUGUGUCGUUUCAACUCUGGCUUCUUCUUCCGUCAUGAGUUACUGGACAAAUACAAGUACUACUGGCGAAUUGAACCGGAUGUCAAUUUCUACUGUGAUCUUGACUACGAUCCGUUCCUCAUCAUGCAAAACGAGAAGAAAGUCUACGGUAGGAAGCACCGACAUGUCAUAAAAUGGUUAUUUCCUAAUUCGACUACGUUUCGCUUAGGUUUCACUGUCUCGCUUUACGAAUACGAGACGACAAUUCCAACGCUGUGGGAUGCAGUGAAAGAAUUCAUGGAUGAGAACCCCGACAUGCUCCAAGAAGGGAAUGCUCUAGGUUUCAUCUCAGAUGAUGCAGGAGGGACCUACAACCGCUGCCACUUCUGGAGUAACUUUGAGAUCGGUGAUUUGGACCUCUGGCGCAGCGAUGCGUACAUGAAGUUCUUUGAGCAUCUCGACAAGAAAGGCGGAUUCUACUAUGAGGUAUGUUGUAAACUUUCAUGUAGAGAUUCACCCAGGGUUCUGAAGCGUUAUAUUCAGCGUUGGGGAGAUGCGCCGGUCCACAGCAUUGGUGCAGCACUGUUCGCGAAGAAGGAGCAAAUCCACUUCUUCAAUGACAUUGGAUACAAGCACAACCCUUUCCAACAUUGUCCCCAGGGUGACGCACACACCAAAGGAAAGUGCUGGUGCGACCCUUCAGAUAACUUUGACUAUCACUGGUACUCGUGUCUUGCUCGAUACGAUAAGAUGUUCACAUAACUCUCUCGUUGUUCUGCUUUUAGUUAUUGAUACCUUCGGACAGUUGCUUUUUUUCUUGUCUGCAUUUUUGUUUCUUCUUUUCAGCAUCACGAACAUUGUCAUAGACCAUAUUCCAUCAUGCAAAAGGACAACUGCCAAAACAGAUGCGUGAUAUAUUGCAUAAGUUAGAAGAUGGAUUGCGAGUAGUAUUGAUACUAUUAUCGUUGAAGUUGAGUCAGUC